AAUGUAUACGUAUGACAUUUGCCACUGGGCGUAAAUGAAACAUGAAAAUGUGUACAUAACAGCCAUUAGUAAUACGAGGAUUGCACAUAGAUUAUAAUGGCCUCCGCGACUAGUUCAAGUGAUUUUGUGAUUGGAAAGCUUCUAGGAGAAGGUGCUUUUGGGAAAGUAUUUUUAUGUCACGAAAAAACGGAUAAAUCACGAAAGUAUGCCAUGAAAGUGAUUGAUUUAAGUAAGUCUCCUCCGGAAGAACGAGACUCAGCAGUCCGGGAAGCCAAGUUAUUACAGCAACUUAAACAUGAACAUAUUGUGGCGUAUGUUAGCUCGUUCAGGGAAAGGGCAUCGUUGUGUAUAGUGACUGAAUAUUGUGAUAGCGGAGAUUUGUCUGAUGCACUGGAAAAGCAACGAGGGAGAGCUCUUCCUGAAGACCAGAUAGUUAACUGGUUUGGUCAGAUAUGCAGAGCUUUAAAGUAUCUUCAUAUUAGAAAUAUAUUGCAUAGAGAUAUAAAGACACAGAAUGUUUUCCUGACUGGACCAAAGAAAGAUGCAAAAUUAGGAGAUUUAGGAAUAGCUAAAGUAUUAGACAGACGACAGUCCAAAGCUGUUACAAUGUGUGGAACUCCCAGUUACAUGUCUCCAGAGAUAUUUCAAGGCAAACCGUAUGAUACAAAGAGCGACAUUUGGUCUAUGGGAGUCGUUGUAUAUGAAAUGACAACUUUGGAAAAACCCUUUGAUGCUAAUUUCAUGCAGCAGUUAAUAUUUCAAAUUGUCCAUGGAAAGCUUCCUCCAAUGCCAAAAGAUAAAUACAGUAAACAGUUAUGUAGUCUGUUAGAAAAGAUGUUGUGUAAAGAUCCAAGUACAAGGCCUUCUGCUGAUGACAUUUUGAAAAAUCCUUCGUUUAUAACAUUCAAACAGAAUAAGACUCGGAAACAUAAAACAAAAUAUUAUGAAACCCAGACUGGUAACACCGAUGCUAAAAUUAAGUAUCAAUUCAGCACUAACGAGGGACUGGUUAUUAAGUUAUACAAGAAACAUAUUGCUAGGCUCGAUGUAGAUGCCAUUGUUAAUGCUGCUAACCAUCGCUUAGCUAACGUUGGGGGUGUGGCUGAUGUAAUAGCGAAAGCUGCGGGUCAUAAAAUGGCACAAGAAUGCAAUCAUAUUAUAACACAGCAAGGUCAAAUACUUGACGGAGACAACGUGGUGACUUCAGCUGGUAACCUUCCAUACAAAGCUGUUAUACAUGCAGUUGGUCCGAGAUGGCACGAACACAAAAAUAAAGCGGAAUGUCUGAAGAUACUAAAGUUUACUAUCAUCAAUAUCCUAGAUACAGCACGUUCAAACAAUUUUAAGUGUGUAGCAAUGCCACCGAUUAGUUCAGGGGUAUGUGGUGUUCCUAAGUCUAUGUGUGCUGCCAUGUACUUGAGAGGUAUUUCUGAAUUCAGUAAACAAGGACAGUUGGGCUCGAUGAAAGAAUUCCACAUUAUAGAUAUACACGACGAUAUUCUGGACAUGACAAACGAUUGGUAUUCUAAAUUGCAGAAGAAUCCACGAUGUCUUGAUGUUGACGCAGUACUUUCUGGCUCUGACGGUGUUAACAUUUUACGGAAUUACCGCGGUAAAACUGAUAUACAUAUUUAUACAAAAGAUAUCCUGAAAAUAAGAGGCAUUGAUGUCAUUGUUGUGAGUGAAGACAGUUUCGUCAAAGGAGAGGGAGGUUUAUCUAGAACAUUGCUUACUGCUGGCUGUGACCAAUACAGACAAGAACAUCGACAACUACAACCACAGUCAAAUAACUCAACUACUGGUUUAUCUCGAACAGUGGUUUUCAUGACAACUGGUGGUCAUAAGCUGCCUUUCAAACAUGUCGUGCAUGCAGUUCUCAGGAGGGAAAAGGGCGAUACUGAGGACCAGUAUCAAACCGUCUUAUGGUCAACCAUUGACAAUGUUCUGUCGACAGUAAAUACUAUGAAGACUGCGAACGAUGUGACCCUAGCCAUACCAAUGAUAGGUCUAGGUGCAAAACCAAGCGAUGAAAUAAUGAAAAAGUGUUGCUGGACUUUAAAGGAAUCCAUAACAAAGUUUCUUGAAAUAUGGCCAUCAAUACAUAUUAGUGAAAUACACCUAGUGAAUAACUUUGAUACAACCACGAGAGUACUCCAACAGAUGUUUCACAAUACCAAAUCAUCUCGAUGAACCACAGCUAUAUAUGCUGGCUUACCCUAGGGCAACACAGCGGCCAAAGAUUUAAAUUUCUGUGAUAAUACGUUUUCUCAUUGAUGCAUUAGUUACAUCCUUUUAUAUUUUUAUCAUAAAGAACCAUGCAUUAUCUCUAUAAUCAGCAUGGUAGUUAUGUACUUUUCUUUUGAAAAACAAAUCCUGACGUCAAGUGUUAUAAUGGAGAUUCGUUUUAAAAACUCCAAGUAAAGCCGAUAACGUCGAGCGAGCGUGUAACUUCGUAGUCCUAUGCUAUAAGACUUCGUAGGUUCAUCUUGUUAGUUCUUUUUUGUCGGAUAUUAUUUAACUAUCAAUGGUGAACCGGACUAGUAACUUCGUUGAUGAUAUAAGAAUAUUUGUUGAACAGAACAAUUGCCAUUAUAACGCUUCUUUUUUCUUAAUGAGGGCAUGAUAGAUACAGAUUUUUAAUAUUUUUAUUUUAUUUUUUCAUAAACAUUAUUGAUGUAUGAAUUCAAUUCGUUUGAGUAGGCGAUGUGCAAUCGCUCGCUGUAAACCUGGAAAUCAUUACUAACUGGAUUUUUUAAUUAUUGUAGCAUGCAUUUUUAUAUUUUAAUUUAAAUAUUAUUUAUAAGGAAAUAGGAAAUAUUUAAGAUAUACACAUUUUAUAUUUCCGUGUAGCAAUUUCGUUAGAGAAAAAACACCACUAGCUGGCACUAGCUAACUAUGUAAGGGAAGACUGGGGUAUCAUGAAGCAAAACCAUUAGGUUUCUCAAGCUUUUCUUGGACAAAUUUGUAAUCUAUACCUUUUGUUAUUUACUUGUAAAUCAUUUAAGUUCAAAUCAUGGUAAAAUAGUUAAUAAAUGAGGAAAUGUAUUAGGGUUAUAAAAAAUGCAGUCACUGAUAUACUUUUGCAUAAUUCUUAAUCUAAUGUCUCAUCACAAUAUCUAGUUAGUUAAGUGGUUUCAAUAUAGCGGGGAAGACACUGCUUCUGUAUCCUUCCGGAACACUUGACAUUAAACUUCAGCUUUGGUAGGGUUCGUCUGGUUCACUUUAGUUUAAAGUAUUAUAUUUAAAGAGCGAUGUCGCACACAUUUGGGAAUAAUUUUGUUAACAGUUACUGUUAAACUUUUGAACUUUAACAAAAUCUUAAUUUAUUCUUUUAACUGCCAUGUCCGCAUAAAUGUCAUCAGCUGGAUUCAUGACAGUAAUGGGAAUACAUUGGGUCCAUGAAACACAUGUAAUAAAAUUUUCUGUUUUUGAAUGUUUGAAAAAAACAAUCUAUUUUUGUGCAUUACCCUGGUUUAUUUCCCCCUAGUCUUACACGUAUGUUUUAGUAAUUAGUAUCUAUCUCGAAUACCUCAGACUUUCAUAGUCUAUUAUUAAGGUUGGUUUUUUUUGUUGAUUUUGUUGUUGUUUUUUUCAUCAUUUUGUCCGAU